AUGUCCGACAAAAGCCUGUCUCCGCUCGGCACCAGUCCACUCACCCACUACUCCUCCCAACCAUCUUCCUCUUCCCCAGGCACACUCACCCAGCCCGCCAUCGUCGACACAAUCCUCGAAGAAGACAGCGAUGCCGAGCAAGACGACAACGUCAGCCAUCCUCUUGCAAAGCCGGGGGCCAGGACCGGCAGCACCAGCUCUUCCUCAAGACCACCCUAUCGCCUCGUCCGCAACUUCUCUCUGAUCCUGCCCGAUACCGGUGAGCGCGUGCGCAGGCAAAUCACGCUUGAUCCGUUCGACUCCGUGCCCGACGGGCCCAGUUCAGGCAGACAGCUGCUCAUGGACGACGACGAAGACACGCAGAAUCACUACACCGACGCGGACGAGAGCGCGGCCUUGCUCAGCAGCCCGCACCCCGAUCAGGGUCACACUCGACACCGGCUCAUCAGAUCGCUGAACAAGAUCUCGAGCGCCUGCGACAGCGCGGGCAAAUACCUGCUCACUUUCUCGGUCAUUCGCUGGAUCUACCUUUAUGUCUUUUUCCAGCAGUUCAGUCGCCCGCUCAAAUGCGCUCUGACAUACUACAUCGCCUCCUUCGCCGUCUUCUCAUCAACAAUAUCCCAGCAUCUCGGUUCCGGCGACGGCAAGCAUCUCACCGCUACCGUCACCGUCUACUUCCACCCGUCCCGGACGCUCGGCAGCAUGAUCGAAGCCACCAUGUUUGCCGAAAUCGGUCUCUUCUACGGCGUCUUUCUCUCCUUUUGCGCAAUGCAUACCUCUGCGUUUUUCAAGUCUCUCGACCUUCUCCCGCUCGGACACGCCAUCGUCCUCGUCGUCUUUGGCGCCGGCGGUCUAGGAUCUAUCGCGCUCAUGAAGCGUAAAGUCGACAAACAGACGUUCAACACCGCAUGCUCGCUCGCAUCCACCCAGUUCGUCCGCAUCCUAGUACGCGAAGGCGCGGUGCAGCAGGGUGUCGUUGCGUUUGGCAAAAUGUGGCAGGUAACCGCCAUCGUGCACCUCGGCAUCUUAAUCUCCGCCACAGUCUGCUUCCUCAUCUUUCCCACCUCGGCCAUCACAAAACUGAAAAAGGGACUCAAUCAGCUUAUGGACACAUACUCCCACAUGCUCUCCAUCGUAGCCCGAAGCUUCCUAGCCGGCACCGACGUCACAAAGACCGAAAUCGAAGAACUCUUCAAGAGCGCGCGCGGCCUCGUCGUCUCGCUCGACGGUGCCUUGCAGGAAUCGAAAUUCGAGCAUUUCCUGCGCGGCACAGAGGCAGAGUAUUUUCUCCAGGCGAGGCUGGUCAAGUCGGUCCAGAGUCUGAUGCAGCAUAUCGGUGGUCUGCGAAGUUCGCUGGUUAUGGAGUGGUCGUUGACUAAUCUGGAUCAUCGCCAGACGCGAUCCUCGUGUGCCGAGAUUUUUGAUAUUUUUGUUUAUUACUUGGGGCCUCCAAUGAAAUCACUCACGUUCACAGUGAAGAGUAUCAUGGAAGCACUGCCAUUCAGUGAUGAGACAAACGAGUUACAGCUGAAUGCAAAGUUCGCUGGCAGUCUCGAAGCCGCACUUGAUCUCUUUUCCAGCGCACGCACUAAGGCUCUUCGUGAGAUCUACUCCCAAGAAGUCUUCACGCAAGCCGACCGCGAGACAAUCGCGAUCCAUCUCGAGAAAGUCGCCGCCACGUGCGGCCAGUUCUCGCACGGGCUCGAGGAUCUAGCACGGGAAGUAGUAGAGAUAAUCGAGAUCAUGACAGAGUACGAUGACUAUGUCUCGAAAGGACGACCAAAGUCGUGGCAUUGGUUGAUGUUUUGGCGCGCGAAUCCGACAAACGUGAUGAGUGUCUCGGAAGUGGAAGAGGAGGAAGUGACGGUCCCACCCAAGCUCGCGCAUCUGUUUAGCGAAAGCAACGUUGAGAAGUACACAAACGAGGAAGGUCAUAUUCCUUGGUCGCUUCGCCUGUGGCGCUCUUUGCGACUCUUCCGCAGAACAGAUGUGCGGUUCGGCAUCAAAGUUGGGCUCGGCGCGCUGUUCUUCCUGAUCCCGGCCUAUUUGAACGAGACCAAGGAUUUCUUUAGACACUAUCGAGGCGAGUGGGGGUUGGUUGCUUUUGUGCUUAUGAUGAACAUCUCGAUCGGUGGCACGACCAAUACGAUCGUCUAUCGGCUGUCGGGAACUUUUAUGGGCUGCUACUCUGCCUGGCUAGUGUGGUACUUCUUUGGCGAUAGCAGGACAGCGCUGUCAUUAACAGGCUUCUGCAUCGCUUUCGUAUGCUUCUGCAUCAUAUUAGGCUGGAAGCAGAACAGUGCCUUUGGACGAUUCAUCCUUCUGGCAUUUAAUUUGACGGCGUUGUAUUCUUAUAGCUUGUCGCAGAACGACAUCGACGACGGAAAUGAGGACGAAGGAGGCGUGAAUCCGAUUGUGUCUGAGAUUGCCUUCCAUCGGUUGGUUUCCGUGUCGUCUGGAAUCCUGGUCGCGAUCUUUGUGACGAUGUACAUCUGGCCCAACAGUGCACGCCAAGAGCUCAAGCGGAAACUAAGCAUCCUCUGGAUCCGCAUGGGUUUAAUCUGGAAAUGCGAUCCACUCAGCAGCCUUACGCAUGUCGGAGAAGCGCCAAAGCCAUACGUGACUAUUCAGGACGAGCGGAAACUGCAGAAGUCGCUGCUCAAGUUGCAGGGACUGGUCGGUGCUGCUUCGAAUGAGUUUAGACUGAAAGGGCCGUUUCCGUCGAAGAAUUACGAUUUUAUUUUGAAGACGACGCAGGGGAUUCUGGACGCGUUCCACAACAUGAAUGCUAUGAUCAUCAAGGACUUGAACGCGUCCGAAAGAGAGGCGGAGAUUAUUAGAUACACAGUCGAAGAACGAUCCGAGCUGGGCAACCGUCUUUUCCUUUUAUUCUACUUGCUUGCAUCCGGGAUCCGACUGGGCCUCCCGAUUCCAAACCAUUUGCCAAACACGGUGCAUGCGCGCGACAGGAUGAUUGUAAAAAUCAACGAGUACCGGAUGAAGUCCGUCAGCCAGAACGCGGGCACGGACGACGACUUUGUGCUUUUCUACAGUUUCAUUCUGGCGACUAUGGCGAUAAACGACGGCUUACUGCAGAUCAUCGCCGCGCUGCAGGAGAUCUACGGGGCCAUAGAGGAGGAGACCCUGUCGAUUUGA